GCCACUAGGUGGCUCUUCGUGGGAGCCUGAAGGUGGUGGGAGAGUCUGCUGCUGGGCUCCGCGCCGUUGGAACUGAAAGGAGAAGGAAGGGCUGAAGGCUGAGGGUCCGCAGCUGCGCCAGGGGAGACUUGCCGCGGGACGAGAGCGGCCACCCUUCCUCGCCAUUGCCCUGCCACCCCGUCUCCCCGCCCCCAGUGCUUGCUUCUCGCCGGCUGCUCCCUCCUUCCUCCGCCGGAGACGGGCGGGGGUUCGCCUGGCAGAAGAGGACCCAGCCGUCGGAGAGGAGAGGGUCCUCCUUUAGCUCCCUUGACUCUGCAAGGAGGACGAGGCUCUCCUUCUGCUUCUUCUGCUGCUGCUGCUCUCCUGCGCGAGGCGGCAGGUGAAAAUAUACCUCUUCCAUCAAGCAUUUGGAGAAUGAUGAGAGGCAGCUGCUACAGACUGUGUGUCUCAGAAGUGUUGACUUGGUAAGAAGGCUGCUUGCUUUGGGGAACUGCAUCAAGAAGUGAGUCAGAGAGGUGAACAUCAAACAGGCCAUUUCAGCAGAUUGCACCACAGCUCUCCUUUCCCAGAACGGCAUCUAAGCUUCCUGCUCUUCUCAAGACAAUGGGGGUGGAUGGUGAAAAUGCCGUUCUAAGGAAUAUUCUGGUUGGUCUCAACUUAAUGCUGCUUGGCUCCAUCUUUAAGCCUUUUGAGUGCCGCCUUGAAGUGAUGACAGAGAGAGUCAAAAGACAAGUGGCUGAUGAGGAAGGCAACUUUGUCAACUACACAACACCUAUCAAAGAGCAACCUAUGGUUUUCAGCCAUAUAUAUAACAUUAAUGUGCCUCUGGACAGCCUCUGUUCAACUUCACUAGAGGCUUCAUCUGGCACAGAGGUGAGUUCAGAAGAUGACCGGAUGACAGAAUACACGGAGCAGACUUCUGACAGUGAGAGCCAAGUCACCUUUACGCACAGGAUAAACCUUCCCAAACAGACUUGCAAGUGUGUCGCCUCCUCCCGGGACAUGCAGGAGCUGCUGAGCAGAAUUGAGAUGCUGGAGAGGGAGGUGUCCAUGCUCCGGGACCAAUGCAACUCCAAUUGCUGCCAAGACAAUGCAGCCACAGGGCAGCUGGAUUACUUCCCCCACUGCAGUGGCCAUGGGAAUUUUAGCCUGGAAUCCUGUGGCUGCAUUUGCAAUGAAGGUUGGACUGGGAAGAACUGUUCAGAGCCCCUCUGCCCCAUGGGCUGCUCCAGCCGAGGUGUGUGUGUGGAUGGCCAAUGCAUCUGUGAUGGCGAUUACAGUGGGGAGGAUUGCUCCGAGGCACGCUGCGCAACCGACUGCACUUUCCGGGGACUCUGUGUGGAUGGAGAAUGCAUCUGUGAGGAGGGCUUUGCUGGUGAAGACUGCAGUGAACUCAGAUGUCCUGCAGACUGCUCAGGGAAGGGAAAGUGUGCCAACGGGACUUGCAUCUGCCAGGAGGGCUACGUGGGGGAAGACUGUGGGCAGCUGAGAUGCCUUAAUGCCUGCAGUGGACGUGGAUCCUGCCAGGAAGGCCUAUGCUCUUGUGAGGAGGGCUACCAGGGCCCAGACUGCUCGGCAGUUGCUCCACCUGAGAGUCUGCGUGUGGCUGCAAUCAGCGACCGGUCAGUUGACCUUGAAUGGGAUGGCCCAAUGGCAGUGACCGAAUAUGUGGUUUCCUACCAGCCGGCAGUAUCUCCAGGCCUACAGCUCCAGCAACGGGUCCCUGGUGACUGGAGCGCUGUCAGUAUCAAGGAGUUGGAGCCAGGCCUAAUCUACAACAUCAGCAUAUUUGCUGUUAUCAGUGAAGUGCUCAGUGUCCCUGUCAGCGUCAAAGUGGCCACACAACUGUCUACUCCAGAAGGGCUAAAGUUCAAAACAAUCACAGAGACCACCGUGGAGAUGCAGUGGAAGCCCUUCUCAUUCUUGUUUGAUGGCUGGGAGAUCAGCUUCAUCCCCAAGGACAAUGAAGGGGGUGUAAUUGCACAGCUCCCUAGCAGCGUGACAACGUUCAACCAGACUGGGCUGAAACCAGGUGAGGAGUAUACAGUCAAUGUGGUAGCCCUCAAGGAACAAGCCCGAAGUCCACCUGCCUCAGCCAGCGUGUCAACACUCAUUGAUGGGCCGACCCAGAUAUUGGUGCGAGAUGUCUCAGAUACAGUGGCCUUUGUUGAAUGGACUCCACCUCGGGCCAAAGUUGACCACAUCCUUCUGAAGUACGGCCUAGAGAAUGGAGAAGGGGGAAAGACCACCUUCCGGCUCCAGCCUCCCCUGAGUCAGUAUUCCAUGCAGGCCCUGCGACCUGGCUCAAAAUAUGAAGUCUCUAUUGCUGCUGUCCGGGGUACCAAUGAAAGUACAGCUGUAUUCGCCCACUUUGUAACAGAAAUCGAUGCCCCCAAGAACUUGCAUGUACUCUCUCGGAUGUCAGACRGCCUGGAACUWGAAUGGGAUAACAGUGAGGCAGAGGUGAAYACCUUCAAYGUGGUGUACAGCACCCUGGCAGGCGAGCAYUACCAUGAYGUCUUGGUGCCYCGGAGUCCAGGUGUCACAACCAGAGUCACSCUCACAGAUCUGAUACCAGGAACAGAAUAUGGAGUUGGGAUUUCAGCUGUGAUGGAUGGGAAGCAAAGUGUUCCUGCUACUAUGAAUGCAAGGACUGAACUCGACAGUCCUCAUGAUCUCAUAGUGACAGCAUCCACGGAGACAUCCAUUUCUGUGUCCUGGACGAAAGCCAAGGGCCCCAUUGAUCACUACCGAGUCACCUUCAUCCCUGCUUCAGGAAUGGCAUCUGAGGUUACCGUUGCCAAGGACCAGUCUGAGUUUACAUUGUCAGACUUGGAACCCGGGACUGAGUACACUAUCUCUGUCAUUGCUGAGAGAGGCCGCCAGCAGAGCCUUGAGGUCACAGUGGAUGCCUUUACAGGGUUCCGACCCAUCACACAGCUUCACUUUUCUCAUGUGACUUCCUCCAGUGUGAACAUCACUUGGAGUGAUCCCUCCCCUCCAGCAGAUAAGCUCAUACUGAACUACAGCCCCAGAGACAAAGAGGAAACCAAGCAAGUGAUGCUGGAUCCGACCAAGAGACAUGCUUCCUUGACUGGUCUGCAGCCCUCCACAGAGUACAUGGUCUCCUUGGUGGCUGUACAUGGCCCCGUCAGCUCUGAGCCCAUUAUUGGCUCCAUUGUAACAGGGAUUGAUCCACCUAGGAACCUGACUAUUGAGAAUGUGACUACAGAUUCCGUGACUUUCCACUGGGCCCCUCCCAUUGCAUCCUUUGACCACUAUAGGAUAGCCUGUAAAUCUGCUCAAGGACGAGUGGACAGCAUAGUCGUUGCCAAAGGUGUCACUGAGUAUACCCUCAGCUACUUGCAGCCGGCUACUGAGUAUGAGAUCUUUCUGAAGAGUGUGCGGGGCAGAGAGGAAAGUGAACCUCUUUCACACAUCAUGUAUACAGCCAUGGAUAAUCCAGAGAGUUUGACCGUCACAAACAUCACCCCAACAGAAGCCCUGCUGAAGUGGGAAAUACCCACAGCUGAAGUGGAGAAUUAUGUCAUUGUGCUCACACAUGACACAGUUGCAGGAGAGACUAUCUUAGUGGAUGGUAGCAAUCAAGAGUACCAGCUAAUCAACUUGCUCCCAAGUACCAGCUAUGGAGUCACCAUGUAUGCUACUAAUGGGCCUGUCACCAGCAGAACCAUCUUCACUAAUUUUACCACUCUUUUAGAUCCUCCAUCAAAUCUGACAGCAAGUGAAGUGACUCGGCGGAGUGCACUCCUUUCAUGGCUGCCUCCCAUGGCUGAGAUUGAGAACUACAUCAUGACCUAUCGGUCACCUGAUGGAAGCCGUAAGGAGCUGAUUGUGGAUGCCGAGGACACUUGGAUCCGCCUAGAAGGGCUUUCAGAAAACACCGAGUACACCGUACGCCUGCAAGCAGCCCAGAAUGCUGUCAGGAGUGGGUUCACCUCCACUGUAUUCACAACAGGAGGCCGUGUGUUUAUGAAUCCUCAGGACUGUGCCCAGCAUUUGAUGAAUGGUGACACAUUGAGUGGUGUUUAUACUAUCUCCCUGAACAGCGACCUCAACCAGAGAAUACAAGUGUACUGCGAUAUGAACACGGAUGGUGGUGGAUGGAUUGUGUUCCAGAGGCGACAGAAUGGGCUGACAGAUUUCUUUCGGAAGUGGGCAGAGUAUCGCACUGGCUUUGGAAACCUAGAGGAUGAGUUCUGGCUGGGGCUAGAUAACAUGCACAAGAUCACUUCACAAGGACGCUACGAACUGCGGAUAGAUAUGCGAGAUGGCCAGGAAACAGCCUACGCCUAUUACGACAAGUUUUCUAUUGGAGAUGCCAGGAGCCUGUACAAGCUCCGGAUAGGAGACUACAAUGGCACUGCGGGGGAUUCACUCACCUAUCAUCAGGGGCGUCCAUUUUCCACCAAAGACAGGGAUAAUGAUGUUGCUGUUACAAACUGUGCCAUGUCGUACAAAGGGGCCUGGUGGUACAAGAACUGCCACCGGACCAAUCUCAAUGGCAAAUAUGGAGAAUCCCGGCACAGCCAGGGUAUUAACUGGUAUCACUGGAAAGGACAUGAAUUCUCCAUUCCCUUUGUGGAAAUGAAGAUGCGGCCCUACAACCAUCGCAACACCUUGGGAAGGAAACGGAGGUCUAUGCAGCUGUGAAGCGGAAGGAACGCCCUCUGGACAAGGAGUCCUUUCCUGUCAUUUGUUUGUAUUUUAUAAUAUGAAAAGGAAAGAACCAGAGUAAUUCCGAAGUAGAAGCCUGCUCCAUAUUGAGUGGCUAUGGGGAGGCCAUGAUGCCCCAAGGGCUGGCUCACUUUUCUGAGUGAACAACCUUGAUGCUUUGCUAUCAUUCCCAAGUGACUUUAUUGAGAUCUGCCCAGCCCCACUUUCAUACAACAAGAGUUACCUUGUAUUUUUAUUCCCUCCUGAGGCUGUUCCAAAAUGGCUUCGUUUAAGGUUUUCUUCUUAACCCAAAACUGUGUAGGUGCUUCCUUUCACAGGCCAGCCAACUUGCCGAAAGGUACUAAAGGAAACUCCCAGAGUUGUCGUUGCUCACGUAGCUGCUACACAAACUGAGUGAUGGUUUCACACUGAUACCUGCCUGCUGAUUUGGCCAACGCUCAUCAGCCAGGAAGGGGAUCCCAAAUCUGGAUGCAUGUUUAAACCACUUUCAGAGGUCACACAAGCAUAUCCAUGUUAAGGCCUCUCAGUUGGCCACUCUCAUACAUGCCAAGUGGGAGAACCCCAUUCUUUCCAAUGCAAGAAUUAAUGUCCUUUCAUGCCUCCCCAUGUUUCAAAGUAAUAUUCUACCCAAGUGAUAUGCACAGGAACAAAUGGAAACAAAGCAAAUUAUUAUUAUUUAUCUAUUUAUUUCUGGCAUUUGUACCCUGUCUCUUCUCCACCCCCAAAGGGGGACUCAGGACAGCUUACAUUAGUAACAGUGCAAGACCGCUACAUCACAAUUACAAUAAUAUAACACAAUCAAAUACAAACAGUCAUUAAAACCAAUACAUACAGUAUUAAUUAAAACAAUAAAACAAUAAAACAAAUUACCCAAAAGACGUAGCUCUAUGUGUAAAGGCCUCCUUCCUGUAUUCUCAUCAUUCACCAUUUUAAAGGCAUUCCAAAAGACCUCACCUCUGAGGAUGCUUGCCAUAGAUGCAGGCGAAACAUCAGGAGAAAUGCCUCUAGAACAUGGCCAUAUAGCCCGAAAAAACCCACAAGAACUUACAUUCCAAAAUAGGUUGUAAACAUACAUUUAAUUCAAAUCAGCAAACAUUAUUUUUACCGUCGAAGGCUUUCGUGGCUGAAAUCACUGGGUUGUUGUAGGUUUUUUCGGGCUAUAUGGCCAUGCUCUAGAAGCAUUCUCUCCUGAUGUUUCACCUGCAUCUCCUCACAACCUCUUGCCAUAGAUGCAGGCAAAAUGUCAGGAGAGAAUGCUUCCAGAACAUGGCUAUAUAGUCCGAAAAACCUACAACAACCCAUUAUUUUGCUCCUGAAAAAGUUUAAGUGAGAAAUAGAAUCUUUAAAGAAUUCAUAUCUGUACUCCGCAACUGUUCAUUUGUGAAAAUACUUCAACCCAGUUCACCUACCCUCUUGGAGACAACUCUGCAUAUAGCAGUUGCUUCUUGUUGUAUAGGUAGGUACCACAAUGAAGCUGGAGAAAAACAAACAAUUAUAAUGCUGGGUUGUUGUAGGUUUUUCAGACUAUAUGGCGAUGUU